AUGAGUCUAAAUUGUUGCCAUGUUCUUCAUAGAACCGACUCCGAUUUGGACAUAAAACAGAGGUUUAUUACUCAUGAUGAUAAAUCUAAUAGUAUUAAGAGCAAAUCAAAACUUCGUCGUAAACUUUCAGCUGAAAGGAGUUGGUCAGGAAAACAUAAUAAGCCCUCCCCUUAUGACCUAAAAGUUAAACCACCACCGGCCGCGGCGGUUGAUAAUGGAAAGAAGUUGAAGAAGGCAUUAAGCCGGAGGUGUGGAAGCGCCGGAGCUCUGCCAUACGGUGGUGGUGGUGGUGGUUGUGGUGGUGAGGAUGAGAAUGAGAAUCUUAUAAACGACGACAAACCGAAGUUAGUGAGGAGUAGUGGGAUAAGAAGGGAUUGGAGCUUUGAAGAUUUGGAAGCUGAACUUCGAGAUGACAAGAGAUCAAAGCAAAGAAUAUGAUUAAUUCCAUGGUGAAUGUGAAUGGAUAGAAGAAAGAAAGGGAAAUACUAGUAAAAUAUACAAUAAAGUAAAUAUAUUCUAUUUACUAAAAGGAAAUAUUAGUAAAUAUAAUAUGUAAAUAUUUUAUUUACUACGGAGUAAUAAUAGGAAAUAUUGUUUUACGUGUAUUGUUCUAAUUUUAUCAGAUAGAUGUAUCUUGGUUGUUUUCGAGACAUAGUUUCAUACGUCCAUGUAAAAUUAAAACUAUUAUUUCUUGGUUUUGAUUUCACCCAAAAAAAAUAUAAAAUGGUUUUGUUCCUUUUUGUUAUCCA